CUUUAUUGGAUGCAUACUAUGCCGCUAAUGAGCAUUGUCUUCUCAAAGAUAUGUGCAAUGGCUACAAGGUUUUUGCCAGCAUCAUUUCUGAAUUAGAAGAAGAAAAUUGAUAAUAAACCAUUGUCGUUUUAAAUGGUUCUUCAACUUUGAGAGUGAACCCAGCAGCAGCAGAUCUGAUCGUGUAUCCUACGUUGUCAACCGUGGAAAUUUGAUUGUGGAGUAUCCGGGGACGGUACCUGGAAAAGUAGUGUCGUUCGUCGGAAGUCACAUGGAUGUCGUCACCGCUGAUCCUGGCGCUUGGGACUUUGAUCCUUUCUCAUUGAGCAUUGAGGGGGAUCAACUUCGGGGUCUUGGGACUACUGAUUGCCUGGGACAUGUUGCCCUUCUAACCGAACUCCUUAAGAAGCUUGCAGAAACAAAACUAAAGUUGAAGACCUCUGUUGUGGUUAUAUUUACUGCCGGUGAAGAGGAUUCUACAUUCCAUGGAGUUGGAAUAUAUCGACUUGUGAAAGAUGGAUAUUUUGAUAAGUUAAAAGGAGGGCCUCUAUAUUGGAUUGAUACAGCUGAUUCACAGCCUUGUAUUGGUACUGGCGGUGUGAUAUCCUGGACACUUAUAGCAACUGGAAAACUUUUUCACGGUGGUUUCCCACACAAGACUAUUAAUCCUAUAGAGCUAGCCAUUUGCUUUAACGAAGAUUUUCCUCCUCAUCCCAAGGAAAAGGUAUAUGGAUUUGUGACACCAUCAACCAUGAUACCAACAGAUUUCUCUACUAUAGGAAGUGGUCCCAAUCAAAUUCCAAACCAAUGUAUUGUUGAUGGAGUUGUCAGGUUAACUCCCUUCUACAAUAUGGACGAUGUUGUAACAAAAGUCAAAAGCUAUGUUGAUUACAUUAAUGCAAACGUUGAGAAACUUGAAACGAGUGGUCCAGUUUCAAAGUACGUCCUACCAGAUGAAGGCCUUAGGGGAAGUAUUGAGAUAAUGAUGCAUGAGGAUGGGGAUGAGGCCCCGAGAUCAGGAGUUGCAUGUGAUCUUGAUUCUCGUGGAUAUCAAGUUCUAUAUAAGGCAACAGAGGAAGUUUUGGGGUAUGUUAAACCUUACUCUUUUACAGCGGCUUUGCCACUUAUUCGACAUCUUCAGGAUCAGGGUUAUGAUGUUCAGGCUGUUGGGUAUGGUUUAUUGGACGUAUACCAUGCCAAGAAUGAGUGUUGUCUUUUUAAAGAUAUGAGCAAUGGCUAUAAGGUUUUUGCCAGCAUCAUCUCUCAAUUAGAAGAGAUGAAUUCGUGACGGGGAAGUUUUUUGGAGCAUUAUUUUUUUGAAUAAGUUCGGGGUGAUUUUAUUUUGAAAAUAAGUUUCAAAAAUUAACAACAAAAAUUAAGAAAAAAACGUCCAUGGGUUAAUCACAUCAAUUAAAACAAUACUUUUAGUCUGUAAAAAAGAAGUCGAUAUUUUGAUUUUUACAAGAUCAAUUAGAACCGGUAGAAAGAAUAAACAGGAAGUGAGAACAUAAAUUCUCUCUUCUAUAGCAUAAUACUUAUUGAAUUUUUGGUCAAUAGACAUUUUGGUCCUCAUGGAUCUAAUGAUUUAGUUGAUAGUAUUUUAAUUUGUAA